AUGUCACAGUUAAUUUUGAGUGAAAUGCCAAAAGCUGAAUAUUCCAGUAUAUUCAAUGAUUUUGUUGAAUCUGAAUUUUUUGUGAUUGAUGGAGAUUCAUUACUUAUCACACAUAUAUGUGAGAAAUCUUUAAAGCCGGGGCAGAAUCUCCACUUCUUCUAUCUGAUUGAACACUAUUUUGUGGAUAUUAUUAGUAAAGGAGGACAGUUUGCCAUAGUUUUUUUCAAGGAUGCAGAGGAUGCAUAUUUCAGCUUCCCUGAACUUCUUUCUUUGAGAACUGCUUUAAUCCUUCAUCUUCAGAAUAAUACUACCAUUGAUGUUCGAACUGAAUUUUCUGGAUGCUUAUCAAAGGAGUGGAAAAUUUUCUUGGAAGAGAGUUGCCCAUAUUUCCUGAUAGUUGCAGAUGAAGGCCUUAACAAUCUACAAACACAACUUUUUAGCUCUUUAAUCAUUCAGUCUUGGGCAAUGAAGGUCAAUGUUGUGCUUUUCUCAGGGCAAGCAUCUAAUAUUCUUCGACUUUAUGCAUACUUUUUGCCAAGCAUGAACAGAAACCAGAUAUUUUUCAAGGAGAAUAAAAACAAGAUUGAAGAUGCUUAUAAAACCCUGCUUAAACAGUUGAAUAACUGUAGAGUUUCUGCAAUAUCAUCUCUUUUUAGAAAUUUAAAAUGGGAAAAUAUGAUGGAAGAGGCAUAUGAGACUAUAUCGCUGCUGAAGCAACUCUGGCCAGAAGGAUCUGACAUUCGGCGUGUCCUUUGUGUUACUUCAUGCUCAUUGUCUUUAAGAAUAUACCAUAACUUUUUAGAAAACAGAAAGAAGACCACCUCUAACCAGAAAAGUAACGUCAAGCAGACGGGAAGUAAUUGCUUAACCCUGCAGGAGAUGGAAGACUUAUGUAAACUGCAUUGUCUCAGUGUGGUUUUUCUACUCCACCUACCUCUUUCUCAAAGAGCGUGUACUAGAGUCAUCACUUCUCACUGGAUUGAGAACAUUCAGACUUCAUUAAAAAUGAAAAGGUGGUGUGAAUAUUUCAUCCUAAGUAAUAUAAACAUUUUUGAAUUUUGGAAUAUGAAUUUAACUCACCUGCCUGACUUAAGUGAUGAGCCUUUACUGAAGAAUAUUGCUUUUUACUAUGAAAACGAAACUGUACAAGGGCUGCAUUUGGAUUUGGGAAAAGUCAUUAUGGAGGAUUAUGAACAUCUCUGGGAUACUGUAUCAAAGUUAGUCAGAAAGUUUGAUGUUGGAAAGCCAUUUCCUUUGAGAACAACAAAACUUCAUUUUCUUGGAAAUAAUCCAUCACCAAUCAGAGACAGCUCCAAGAAAAAGAUGCCUAAUUUGGGUUUUAUUCCAGUGUCAUCUAACGUGGUUGAUAAGUUCGCUGGAGACAUUUUGAAAGAUUUGCCUUUCCUAAAGAGCAACGAUCCUAUUGUUACUUCACUGAUUAAACAAAAGGAAUUUGAUGAACUGGUGCACUGGCAUUCUCACAAACCCCUUAGUGAUCAUUACGACAGGACAAAGUGUCAAUUUGAUGAAAAAUCCAGAGACCCUCGUGUUCUUAGAGCUGUGCAAAAGUAUCAUGUUUUUCAACGAUAUUAUGGGAAUUCAUUAGAAUCAGUGUCUUCCAAAAUCAUCGUGACUCAAGCUAUUAAUCCAAAGAAGGAUUUAAGUGGACCCAAGAGCAAAAAGUCUCAUGUAGCAAAAAUAGGUGAAACCACAAAGGAUUUAGGUAUAGCUGUUCAAAUGAUGAAAAGGAUCCAUUCCUUGAUGGAAAAAUACCCAGAACUUUUGCAAGAAGCAGAUCGGCAUCUCAUAGUCAGAUGCCUUAAGUAUUUAGGAUUUGAUGAGUUGGCAAGUUCCUUAUAUCCAACCCAGGAUGCAGGAGAUGACAUAAAGAAGAAGAAAAAGAAUAAAUAUUCAAUUGGCAUUGGACCAGCUAGGUUUCAACUACAAUACAUGGGCCAUUAUUUGAUACGAGAUGAGAGAAAAGAUCCAGAUCCCAGGGUCCAGGACUUUAUUCCUGACACAUGGCAGCGAGAGCUCCUCGACGUCGUGGAUAAUUAUGAGUCAGCAGUGAUCGUUGCCCCAACGUCCUCAGGCAAAACCUAUGCUUCCUACUACUGCAUGGAGAAAGUGCUGACGGAGAGCGAUGAAGGGGUGGUUGUGUAUGUUGCACCCACAAAGGCUCUUGUUAAUCAAGUGGCAGCAACUGUUCAGAAUCGUUUUACCAAAAAUCUGCCAGGUGGUGAAGCUCUAUGUGGUGUUUUUACAAGGGACUAUCGUCAUUAUGCCCUAAACUGUCAGGUGCUUAUUACAGUGCCUGCCUGCUUUGAAAUUCUGCUGCUAGCUCCUCAUCGCCAACACUGGGUAAAAAGGAUCAGAUAUGUUAUAUUUGAUGAGGUCCAUUGUCUGGGUGGAGAAAUUGGAGCAGAAAUCUGGGAGCACAUCCUUGUCAUGAUCCGAUGUCCCUUUUUGGCUCUUUCGGCUACCAUAAGUAACCCUGAACAUCUCACUGAGUGGCUACAAUCAGUGAAACAGUACUGGAGACAAGAAAACAAUAGAAUGGAAAAAAAUAUUGCUUCUAAGAGAAAUGCUGGCUAUCAUGCCAGUGUUCCCAAAGACUACUUGCAAUUAAAACAAUCAUAUAAAGUUAGACUUGUGCUCUAUGGAGAGAGGUACAAUGAUUUAGAGAAGCAUAUAUGUUCAGUAAGACAUGGUGACAUUCAUUUCGAUCAUUUUCACCCAUGUGCUGCACUAACGACAGACCAUAUUGAAAAAUACGGAUUCCCUUCUGAUCUUACUCUUUCACCUCGAGAAAGCAUCCAGCUUUAUGAUACCAUGUUUCAAACCUGGGAAAGUUGGCCCCGGGCCCAGGAACUGUGUCCAGAGAACUUCAUUCAUUUUAAGAAUAAAUUAGUAAUUAAAAAGAUGGAUGCCAGAAAAUAUGAAGAGAGCUUAAAGGAAGAAUUAACAAGAUGGACUAAAGAAGGCAAUGUACAGGAGGUUAAAAUGGUACUGGAAAAUCUUAGUCCUGAUUUGGAUUUUAGUUCAGAAAAUAUGGUAAAAAUGUUUCCACUUUUCGUUGAAAAGCUAAGAAAAAUGAAGAAGUUACCUGCACUAUUUUUUUUAUUCAAACUAAGAGAUGUAGAAGAAAGAGCUAAAAGUGUGAGCACUUUCCUGGAAGAAAAGCAGGAGAGAAAAAGGCCUCCCAAAGCUGAUAAAGCAGCCCAUGACAUGGCGAACAAACUUCGGAAAGUUAAAAAGUCCAUGGACAAACAAAAGAUAAUAGAUGAAAGAAGCCAGAAAAAAACCAGAAAAAUGGACCAAAGCCUAAUACAUGAAGCUGAACAUGAUAAUCUACUGAAGAGUCUAGAGAAAAACCUGGAAAUCCCUCAGGACUGCACACAUGCUGAUCAAAAAGUGAUAGAUGCUGAGACUUUGCAGAUGGUGUUUGAUCGAGUAAAAUUUCAAAGAAAAGGUGCAGAACUGAAAGCUUUGGCAGAAAGGGGUAUUGGAUACCAUCACAGAUCUAUGAGCUUCAAAGAAAAACAAUUAGUUGAAAUUCUCUUUAGAAAAGGAUUUAUCAGGGUGGUGACAGCUACUGGGACACUUGCUUUAGGAGUCAACAUGCCUUGUAAAUCUGUAGUUUUUGCUCAAAACUCAGUCUAUCUGGAUGCUUUAAAUUACAGACAGAUGUCUGGUCGUGCUGGAAGACGAGGUCAAGACCUGUUGGGAGAUGUGUAUUUCUUUGAUAUUCCAUUGCCCAAAAUAGGAAAACUCAUAAAAUCCAAGGUUCCUGAGCUGAGAGGACAGUUCCCUCUGAGCAUUUCCCUGGUCCUGCGACUCAUGCUGCUGGCCUCCAAAGGAGAUGACCCAGAGGAUGCCACGGCAAAGGUGCUGUCAGUGCUAAAGCAUUCAUUGCUGUCCUUCAAACGCCCCAGAACCAUGCACAUGUUAAAACUUUACUUCUUGUUUACUCUGCAGUUCCUGGUGAAGGAGGGCUAUUUAGAUCAAGAAGCCAAUCCUAUGGGGUUUGCUGGACUUGUAUCACAUUUGCAUUACCAUGAACCUUCUAAUCUUGUUUUUGUCAGUUUUCUUGUAAAAGGCCUUUUUCACAAUCUUUGUCAGCCAACCAGUAAAGGUUCAAAACAUUUUUCUCAAGAUGUUAUGGAAAAGUUGGUGUUAGUAUUGGCACAUCUCUUUGGAAGGAAACAUUUUCCAUCAAAGUUCCAAGAUGCUAACCUCAAGUUUUAUCAAUCAAAGGUGUUCCUUGAUGAUCUCCCGGAGGAUUUCAGUGAUGCUUUACAUGAGUAUAACAUGGCAGUUACAAAGGAUUUUGCCUCUUUCCUACUCAUUGUUUCCAAACUGGCUGAUAUGAAACAGGAAUAUCAACUCCCUUUAUCAAAAAUCAAUUUCACAGGUAAUGAGUGUAAAGACUCCCAGCUUGUGUCUCACUUGAUGAACUGCAAGGAAGGAAGAGUAGCUGUUUCACCAUUUGUUUGUCUCUCUGGGAACUCUGACUGUGAUCUGCUUCAACCAGACACUCCAAACCAUGUCAUUCUACGUACAAUUGGUAUUGAUCACACUCAAGCUCCUGUGCUGCAGUCACAGAAAUUUGAUAGCCGUGGAAGAAGAUUAUCACUUAAUGCUUAUGCGCUUGAUUUCUACAAACACGGUUCAUUGAUAGGAUUAGUCCAGGAUAACAAGAUGAAUGAAGGAGAAGCUUACCUUUUGUUGAAAGAUUUUGCACUCACCAUUGAAGCUAUCAGUGUUUCCUUGCGUGAACUAUGUGAAGAUGAAGGUGACAAUGUUGUCUUAGCAUUUGAACAACUGAGUAAAACCUUUAUGGGAAAACUUGAAAAAGUCUAAAAACAAAGUCUAUGAAAACCACUUAAAAUAUCACCAUAGGAGUUUCACGUGUCAACUUUUGAUUCUCCUGUGUUGUGCAUCUAUGACGAAGAGGAAAGAGCAAGCCCUUUGGACUCAAACAGAGUUGCAGUCCAACCUGCCAUGUUCCAUCAGAAGUACACUUGGAUAUAUUGUUUACUAUAUUUGAAUGUUAGUUUCUGUUUUUAGUUGAGUAUUUACACUUACACCUCUGGUACGUUUGAGAACUGAAUGAGAAAAUGCAAACAUUUUGUAUGUAUGUGACUGAAGAACAACUUUUAAUCUGUGAGGCCUAAAAACAUAUUAUAUUCUUAAUAUUUUUCUUCUCAGUGUCAAGAUUUGUAAAAAGCCUUAAAAAAAAUUAUUAUGGUACCCUGAAGGGGAGAUAUAUUCUCUCCAAUUAACAUA